AAACGGUGAUCGAGCCCGUUCGCGCGCGCGAUCGUUCGAUCUCCGGAGGAAUUGUUCGAAAACGUGCCGGAUUAAAAACGCACGCGGUUGAAGUUACGAGUUGAGGACCAAGAGGAUCAACCGCGUGCUUUUGGUGUUACCUGUCUGUCUGACCUGUAACGUCAUCGAUUCACCCCGGGUUUGAAAGUAGAUCGGAAAGAUGGCGCCAUCAGCCGCUUCAAGCAAAAGAGAAAAACCAAUAUGGCGUAAUCUAGUCUUGAGUGAUGUGUUGACCGGGUAACCUAUUGUGUUGUUUUUUUAAGAAAAUUCAAGUUUUGUCAUCUAGUCUUCAACGACACUGCCUAAAAAUGACUCCGUUUAGAUUGUACAGGUCUAUCAGAAGUUUUUCAACGACUGUUGAUAAGAUUACUAACCUCGUCAAGAAAAACAAAGUCGUUGUAUUUAUGAAAGGUGUUCCGGAUAGUCCUAAAUGCGGCUUUAGCAAUGCUGUUGUACAGAUAUUGAGGAUGCACGAUGUCAAGUAUGACGCUCAUGAUGUCCUCGAAGAUGAAUCACUUAGACAAGGUAUCAAGGAUUUCUCUAACUGGCCUACGAUACCUCAGGUAUUCAUAAAUGGUGAAUUCGUGGGGGGAUGUGAUAUCCUCUUAGAAAUGCAUAAAAACGGUGAACUAGUAGCUGAAUUGAAGAAAGUCGGUAUCACAAGUGCACUCUCGGAGAAUGAAGGGUCUCAGGAGAAGAAAAACAAAGAUGAGCAUUGAGGAUGCUUGACUGUUUAGUGUGUUUUGUAAGUUGUAAAUAAAACGAUUGUUCGACGAUAGUUAUUGAAUUUUGUUACAAUAAAGUUAUUUUCGUUUACAUAAAAUUGUUUUGAGAACGACGCAGUUUUUCAAUGUGUGAAUACGAAUGACAAGGGACGAAGGAAGUGACCACGAGUGGUGGUGGAAGUUGGAAGAAAGGGUCUUGUAUGUCAUUAACUCGGUGUCACGAAUCUUAAGGAACUACGGAGCGUUUCGUUAGCGUGUUAUGAAAUUUACUAUCGCGUUCUCGCGUGUUUCCUUCGAACCGAAAGGAACCAGAAGUACCUGAGGAGGAAAAAAGUGGAUCAAGGUCGAUCGCGUGUCGCGACAAUGGGGGCUACCAUUGCGCGUGCACGCGUGACAACAUAUUCUUCCGCAUUGCACAAUUUAAAGACCUCGAGUACAGUUUUUAGAUCUAUACUCAUGAGAAAAUUUUACCCAACAGAAAAAUUUUCCACCUCGACUUUUUUCUGUAUUAACUCUAGCGUACCCUAACCUAUUAUUACAGAACUUUAAUCUUUACUAUUCAAAUGUAUGUGAAUAUUUAAUUUAAUUUUAAAUAAUUUUGCCAAUUGUUGCUUGACUGCUACUCUAAAUAAAAAACAUGGAAUCUG